GCAGGGAUGGACGCCGGCGACCUCUCCAUCGUGCACCACAUAGGCCUCGUGCUGCUCGCGCUGUGGGCCGCCGCCUCCUUCGGCUUCUGCCACUCCGUCGUCUUCCUCAUCGCCUUCCUCUACCUAUACGUGGCAAAUUCCUGCUCCCUUUCCCCACUUCGCCGGUGCCUUGGACUCGUCUCUGGUGACGUAGCUGGUGGUUACAGAGCUUUAUAAGGCACACCGAGCAUGAUUCUGGCUAUGCUUGCGGGUUAUAGUCGCUCUGUUUGACUUUGUUUUCUUUAUUGGAAUUAUAUUUGGUCUUGUAUGAUGUUUCUGAUGCUCUGUGAAAUUGAGUUUGUAGGAUACUAUGGUUGGGCAUAGUACUUGGAACAGGUGACAGACAUACUCUUAUGCGCUUUCUUGGGCAUUUAUUGGGGACGCCGUGCUGUAGCCCAGCUUCUGCAAUAUAUGAUGUUUUCUUUAUAUAAAUUGUAACCUGAUGGUUCUAUGCUUCCAGGGAAAAAAAUGUGAAUUUGACUUUUAGUUUGUUGAAUACUUUUUUUUAGAUCUCUGGGGGAAAAGUUAUUAAACAUGUUACAUGAUACAGUGGAAAUUUUGUUGCCUUAAAUGAAAUAUAAGCAUAUAAAUUCGUAAUUCACGAAAGUUAUGUCUUCGUUUGAGAAAUAUUACUUGUUCCAGCAAAAUUUAUCAUCUAUCCAUGUUUUGUGGCUACAACAAUUUGAUAUGGUGAGCUAGUGUCCCUACUCCCUAGGAUUUCUAUGCAGCUCAGCAAGGCACCAACUUUUAAGGAUUGGUAAAUCACAAUAGAAUUUCAUAAGCAUUGAGCAGGAUCAAUGAAUUUCCAGUGAUUUCUCUGGACUAACCUCACUUUUAUAAUAAUUAAAGCAUGUAAUGUAUUUGAGAUAACGCUGCCUUGUCACUUUAUUAAAUACGCCUUGGUAUUGCCAAUCAACGCCAAUCAGUAGUUGCUUUGAGCUGUCUUUACUGCACUAAUUUUCUUUCCUUAUUUUACCCCCUGUUUCCAUUUGAAAUGUUUUUUUCUUCUAUAUGACUUUUGUUACUAAGUUCUAGCUUCAGAUGCACAAAUUUUAACCUUCCAGAUGAUGGCUUAGAUGUUUGCAUGAAUAUGGCUAGAUACCAGAAAAUCAGAACUAAACAUAACUUUGGCUGUUUGGUUCCAGAACUAAAAUUUAAACUAUGCUUGUUUUUAUUGUAGGUAAAUGCCCGCUGCGCAAUGAGACUGCGGAAGCGAAUACAACAUGCGGAAAUGAAAUCUGCCUACCAACGAAGACUGCUUUCUGAUGGAGAAUCAGUACGUUGGUUAAAUCAUGCAGUCAAAAAGAUGUGGCCUAUCUGUAUGGAGAAGAUUGUUUCACAACUUUUACGGCCCAUCAUACCGUGGUUCUUGGAUAAGUUCAAACCUUGGAUAGUUAGUAAAGCAAGUGUCCAGGAGCUUUACAUGGGUAGGGAUUCACCAAUAUUUACCUCGAUGAGAGUUCUGCCUGAGACGUCAGAUGAUGACCAUUUGGUUUUGGAGCUAGGGAUGAACUUCCUAUCUGCUGAAGAUAUGAGUGUUGUGCUUGCCAUGCAGCUGCAUAAGAGUGUGGGACUUGGAAUGACCGCAAACAUGCAUUUGACUAGGAUGCAUGUCGAAGGAAAGGUUUUACUUGGUGUGAAGUUUGUUCGGAGUUGGCCAUUUCUUGGCCGUCUAAGACUAUGCUUUGUGGAGCCUCCUUAUUUUCAAAUGACGGUAAAACCACUCGUUGGCCACGGACUUGAUGUUACCGAGUUUCCAGGAAUUUCAGGAUGGCUGGAUAAGUUGAUGGAUACUGCAUUUGGGCAGACAUUAGUUGAGCCCAAUAUGCUUGUCAUCAACAUGGAAAAGUUCUCAUCUACUCCUUCUGAAAAUAACUGGUUCAACAUUGAGGAGAGACCUCCUGUUGCAUAUGUGAAACUUGAGAUUUUGGAAGGGCUUGACAUGAAACCAGCUGAUAUAAACGGGCUGUCGGACCCUUAUGUCAGAGGUCGUAUUGGUCUUUUUAAAUUCCAAACUCAAAUACAGAGGAAAACAUUAUCUCCUAAAUGGUUUGAGGAAUUCAAGAUACCCAUCACGUUGUGGGAAGCAUCAAAUGAACUUGUUAUGGAAGUUCGCGAUAAGGACCACAUGUUUGAUGACUCGCUUGGAGAAUGUACCGUAGACGUAAAUGAACUGAGAGGUGGACAAAGACAUGACAAAUGGAUAUCGCUGAAGAAUGUCAAGAAAGGAAGGAUCCACCUGGCUAUAACGAUUGAAGAUGUAUCAGAGGAGACGGAGGCAACAACGAGUUUGGAAGAAUCACCGGCGAAAACUGAUGCGAAACUGCCACUGCCCACCUCUGCUGAUAGCAAGUCGGAUGCUGCUAAGCUGCUUCAAGAAAGGAAAGUCAUAAUGGAUGAAGUUGAGCACAUUGACUUUGAUGGACAAGAGCAACCUGGAGGUGUAUAUGUACAUCGCCCUGGAACUGGUGUUCCCCAGACAUGGGAAUCCAGGAAAGGACGGGCACGCAAUCCAGACACGGAGAUCCUCCAAGAGGUUGACAUAUCAAAGGAAGCCCCUCCUACUCCUACCCCAAAGAGUGGUCGUGGUGGUAUGUUCAAUAUGGGCUCAUUUUUCCGGAGGAACUCGAAGAAGGGGAGCUCUCGCGAUCUCAUUGAUCCUAGCAUCCCCACAAGUCCUGGUCCUCAGAGUGCACCAGAGCUUGAUCCGAACCUCCCGCGGACCCCGCGUCAAGGUUCGCCGGAUCUUGAUCCGAAGCUCCCCCGAACCCCACGUCCCAACCUGAAGGAGCUUGGCGAGAAGCGGACAUCGAUAAAGAUUGUGGUCAGCGACGAUGCAAACAAAGGAGGAGACGCGGGAAGUUUGACAGAAGAUAUGGCGAAGGUGGUGGAGAAGAACGCAGGGGAGCCGGGCAGAUCACUGACAAGCACACUGAGCAGGAAGAUCUCCAUGAAGAGACGGGACGAUGUCCCUGAGCAGGCCGAUGCUUAUGGACGUGAGGUGGUGGUGAACGAAGGGCCUGUUACAAUAGAGGGUAAGCCGAUGGAUGUCCAUCCGACAACGGAAGAUGGCAAUGUGCAGGAUGUGGCCGUGGAAGCAGAAAACACUACUACUCGGACUUCAUAGAUCAGAGUAGAUACAAGAUCAGCAACUGGUAAAGAUUUCUAGUAUGUGCUUGUUGUUCAUAUGGUGAAGAAUAAAGAUUUAGAGGUGGUUGUAGAAUGUGGCGAACAGCAGUGUGCUGUGCGCCGCUGCACUCGUAGGCUAGGUGAGCGAGCAUGUUGUAAGAUGCAUUUCUUGGACAAAACAGGUGUAAAGAUGUAAGAUUACCAAACAAUCUGUACGUAUAUAUACCCACACUCAUGUAUGUUAUGGAAUUAGUGUUAUUUUCCACGUAAA